AAAAAACCGCCACGCAGAAUCGAGAAUCGUCCGCGAGUCGAUAGCGCCGAGAAUCGACGCGGAGUCGAGAAUCGCCACGCGACGCCAUCGCUGAAGGAACCGAGCGAGAGACGCAGCACAGAACUCGCAGGAAGACGCCGAUUCGAGGUGUGUGCGUGCUGUGUGUGUGUAGACUGACCAAGAUGUCGGAGCAGGAGAAUCAUGGAAAGCUGUUUGUGGGCGGGCUGCACUUUGGCACGGACGAGCGCUCGCUGCAGGACGUGUUCGGGAAAUACGGCCGUGUGGCACAGGUGCUGUUGCUGAAGGACCGCGAGACUAACAGGUCCCGAGGCUUCGCUUUCGUCACUUUUGAGAAUCCCGACGAUGCCAAAGACGCCGCCAAAGACCUGAACGGAAAAUCCCUGGAUGGCCGCAGCAUCACCGUGGAGCAAGCCACCGGCCGCCCCACCGACUGGGCCGGUAACGGUGGCGGCAGCGGCGGCGGCGGUUACAGCGGAGGAGGCGGCGGCGGUUACAGCGGAGGCGGCGGCGGAUACGGAGGUGGCGGUGGCGGAUACGGGGGAGGAGGCGGCGGAUACGGGGGAGGAGGUGGCGGAUACGGGGACUACAGCCGCUCCCGUGGCAGCAGUGGCGGCGGUGGUGGAUACCGGCGCGGAGGAGGGGACGACGAUCGCAGCCAGGGCUGGAGCCAUGGCAAGAGGAGUUCGUCCGGCUACGUGGAGGGGAGCCCCCCAGCGAAACGCUCGGCAGACGACAGCUCCCGCUCCUCCUCCUCCUACAGGGGAGACGGUGAAGGUGAUGUGAUCAUGACGAUGUUAGGCUAG